AUGGAACUGGACGAGCCAACAAGGGAAAGGCAGUCCUUGAUAGGACGGCGUUGGAUACAUCAAGACAGGCCUAUCACCGAUGCAGAACCUAGGGUAACUUCUUCUGAAAGGCUGGUGCGCGCUACCGCCUCAGCUAGACCCCAACGUACGCAGGCUAAGGCCCGAGGAUCUCAAAGGAAGAAGGAAAAGGUGAGACACGGUAUGUGUAUUGACGCGAGAAUGGAUCUAUGGGCUCAUGUCAGACACUGA